AUGUUCGCUUCUCUUCCGUCCUCUUUCUUCCUCCUCUUCCUCCUCCUCCUCCUCCCCUCUUUUCUCUCUUCCGCCCGGGCCGAUCUCACCGUCGAGCCCUCCAACAGUCCCCACGAUAUCUCCAGUGUCCGCUACCAUCUACACAGCCACAUCAGCCUGCUUAACAACCAAACUCUCGCUCCAUUGACCGACGCCUUGACUAGCCUGUCAGACGCCCAACUCCAGGCAUUCAAUCUCACUGGUCCUGCGGUCGCUGUCACCCCCAGCAAUUCCUUCACGCUGCCCAAAUCAUCCAUUGCCUGUAUCUCCUGUGACCAAUCAGAAUAUGAACUGUCGGGUUUUGUGAAUGCCAGCAGCACCGUCAGCAACGUCAUCUCCUCGGGAAAGGCUCUAGCCAUCCUCCUCUACAGUGAAUCGGCCGGGCAUUGCGACUACUCCUCCGAUGAGAACUUCGCCAACGUUUUUACUCUGCUAAGUCCCGAUGCUGCCAAGGCCCUUCUCGAUUCCAUCGGCUCUUCUCUCAGCAUCCUCUCCGCCAUGUCGACGACGUACAUUCCAGCGGGCUCCACGGAUCCGCUCGGCGCCCAGCAGAAUAACGACAGCCCCAACACGGCGAUGAUCAUCCUCUACAGCAUCACGGGGAUCAUCACCGCGCUCUUCCUGGGGAUUAUUGUCACGGGCGCAGUGCGUGCCCAUCGGCACCCGGAACGAUAUGGACCCCGCCGGAUCGCCGGACGGGCACGGCAAAGUCGAGCACGAGGUAUAGCCCGAGCCAUGCUCGAAACGAUCCCCAUUGUCAAAUUCGGCGACAAUGAGGACAGCGUCGAGGCCGUCAAACGGGACGUGGAGAUGACCAUGAACCCCGACGAAUCGCCCCGGGAGCAUUCUCCGCCUCGGUCAGACAGUAUUACCGCGGUAGAAAUGACUGCACCAGGCGACCCCAGGCCGUCAACGCCCGAACAACCUUCCGACCGACCCCAAACUACCGCUCAUGAAUCCAAAACCGAUGUGGCCCCCGACGCGGGCAACUUCUCUUGCCCGAUCUGCACGGACGACUUCAUCAAGGGCCAGGACCUCCGCGUGCUGCCGUGCAACCACCAGUUCCAUAUGGAGUGCAUUGAUCCCUGGCUGGUGAAUGUGUCUGGCACCUGUCCUCUCUGCCGCAUUAACCUCAACCCGCCGCAAGCCGAAGAGAAUGCCGAGCAAGGAGAGGGCGAGACCGGUGAAAACACCAACACGGAGGCCACCCCCGAUGGUACCGCAACUCCGACGGCCGAUGCAACGCACCAUCACUCGCACCGACGGCUGACAACGCUCCUGCACAGCCACAGCCCUCUGAACGCGCGGCGCAUGCACGAGGCAACCGUCGAAGAGCGCCUCGCUGCGCUCCGACGGGUGCGCGAAGAGACCCAGGGCCAGAGCCAAGUCGAGGGAUCGCGCCCGAGUCGCAGCAGACUCACGACCCGUCUGCGUGACCGGUUCCGCAUUCGCACCCGCGCUCAUGGCAUCGAAGGUUCGUCUGGGGUGCAAACACCGGCUGAACCCGCCGUACCGGCCCCGACUCCCGCGGCCCCGACUCCCCCGGCGCCGGCUGCUGAGUCUGAGACAUGA